GAAAAGCCAUAGAAUUUAGAAAGCGAGUUUCUAUUUCCUACCAAAAUCCUUUCAAUCCUUCCCGCUGUUUUCUCAUCAUCAAUCCAUUCGAUAUACCAUCAUCCUUCCUCUCCAAGCUUUAAUUUCACAUUUCCUCCUUAUUUAUGUAUAUAUGCUUACAUAUUUGGAGAAGAAACCCUAGUUUUUUCAUAAACCCCCAAAUUUUAUCAUAUUCGAUACUUCUUCAUCAGGUUAUCAAUUAAAUGGAGGCCAUGGCGCAACCGAUACCCAGAACAGCAGACGAGGUUUUCAACGACUUCAAAGGAAGAAGAACCGGUUUAAUCAAAGCUCUUACCACUGACGUUCAAAAGUUUUAUCAGCUCUGCGACCCUGAGAAGGAAAACUUGUGUUUAUAUGGUCUACCAAAUGAAGGAUGGGAAGUGAAUCUUCCUGUUGAGGAGGUGCCCCCUGAACUUCCUGAGCCAGCUUUAGGUAUAAAUUUUGCUAGAGAUGGAAUGCAGGAGAAGGACUGGUUGUCACUUGUUGCAGUUCACAGUGAUUCAUGGUUGCUCUCUGUUGCUUUCUAUUUUGGUGCUCGUUUUGGUUUUGGUAAGAGUGAAAGGAAGAGGCUUUUCCAAAUGAUAAAUGAUCUCCCAACUGUAUUUGAAGUUGUAUCUGGAGCAGUUAAGAACCCUAAGGAUCAGUCUGAAGUUCUAAACAAUAGCACUAAAAGCAAAUCAUCUGGAAAAAUGCAGUCACGGCCAUCUGAAUCAGUCCCAAAGGGGCUAAAAAUGACACCACCACCGAAUGAUGAGGAGGAUAGUGGAGAAGAAGAAGAUGAUGAACAGGGAACAGCUCUUUGUGGAGCUUGUGGUGACAACUAUGCAACUGAUGAGUUUUGGAUUUGCUGUGAUAUUUGUGAAAGAUGGUUCCAUGGAAAAUGUGUAAAAAUUACACCCGCUAAAGCCGAGCAUAUCAAGCAGUACAAAUGCCCAACUUGCAGCACCAAAAGGGCUCGACUUCAGGUUUAGGGUUACAAUUAUAUAUAUAUAAAAAAAGUAUUUAUGGCAUUGUGGUUUGAUUUUUAACCCUUCAUUUUUACAAUGGAACUUGAUCUAGUGCCUGUUUUUGGUUAAGUUUAUGGUACACGCUUAACUGUAUUUUGAUUGAUGGAUUUUUUUAAGGGUGAAAAUUGGAUUCUGCCUUUUCU